AUGCAGACGCUCCUCCUCCUCCUCGCCCCGGCCCUGUUCGCCGCAAGUAUCUACAUGGUCCUGGGACGACUGAUUACGUACACCAGGGGUGAAAGCCGCGCACCUAUCCGACAACGAUGGCUCACCAAGAUCUUUGUUGGUGGAGAUGUUUUGUCCUUCCUCGUGCAAUCAGGAGGUGGCGGACUGAUGGCGCAGGCGAAGAGCCAGAACAUGGGCAAGAUCUUGGUUGUCGCAGGUCUCGCCAUCCAGAUCCUCUUCUUCGGGGUAUUUACCAUCACCAGUGGUAUUUUCCACUGGAGGAUCAACCGAUCGCCAACCUCCGAGUCAGCCAGCACCCCCUGGGCAAAAUAUAUCUACGCUUUGUAUGCCGCAAGUAUGUUAAUCCUGAUUCGAUCCUUGUUCCGUGUCAUCGAAUUUCUAGGAGGGAAUGAGGGAACUCUGAUGUCGAAUGAGGUGUAUCUAUACGUCUUCGAUGCGGUGUUGAUGUUAGGCGUUAUGGUCAUUUUCAACCUUGUGCACCCGGGAAAUAUUAUUGGACGGAAGGUGCAAGACGACGAUAUCCAGCUUAGUGAUAAUUAG